UCGGCGUCCCAUAGCGAAUUACUAAAGUGUUCGUACUCAACUCGUGCAGUCUACUGAACCGCUGCAAAUUUCGAAAAGAGCCGAGAUUUACAUCUUUGGUGCCAUCAUGUCAUCUGUUAAAUCUGUGAAAGGUCUUGUUGGACUUGUUACCGGUGGUGCCUCUGGUCUUGGGAAGGCCACUGUGGAGAGAUUCGUGAGAAAUGGAGCCAGAAUGGUCAUUGUGGAUCUGCCAAACUCUCCUGGUGAAGAGGUAGCCAAGAGUUUGGGAGAGGACUGCAAAUUUUCUCCCGGGGAUGUCACUUCAGCAGACGAUGUGACACGAGCCAUAGAUGUUGCUAAGGACUCCUUUGGACGUCUAGACGUGGCUGUUAGCUGCGCAGGAAUCGGUGUGGCAGUCAAGACCUACAACUUUAACAAAGACAGACCCCACCCCCUGGAGGAAUUCCAGAGGGUCCUGAUGGUCAACACGGCUGGAACCUUCAACUUGGCCAGACUGGCCGCUGGAGCCAUGGGCAAGAAUGAGCCCAAUGUCGAUGGAGAAAGGGGUAUCAUCAUCAACACAGCCAGUGUAGCAGCGUUUGAUGGACAGAUGGGCCAGGCGGCGUAUUCAGCUUCUAAGGGUGCUAUUGUGGGCAUGACUCUGCCGAUUGCAAGGGAUUUGGCAUCUCAGGGGAUUAGAGUUUGCACCAUUGCACCAGGUCUUUUUGACACUCCACUUUUGGCAGGGCUUCCAGAAAAAGUUCGGACUUUCUUGGCAAGGAGUAUACCCUUCCCCAGCAGGCUAGCUCAUCCUGAUGAAUACGCCCACAUGGUGGAAUCCAUCGUUCAGAAUCCCAUCUUGAACGGGGAGGUGAUCCGCUUGGAUGGGGCUCUCCGGAUGCAACCAUAAUGGGUACAACGUUUAAGUAGGUAAUUAGAAUCGUUGUCAACUAGUACAGAUAUAUGUCAGGAAACAUCACUAUGCUCAUGCCUAUAAAAGCCUUAGAAAAGUAGUCAGUGACCGAUAAGGCACUAGGUUUGAGAAUGAUGUUCAACAGGUUCUGGGAUUAGCGACAGGGUUCAGAGUUCAAAUGCACAAACUAUUAUUAAAACUACAUUGCUCUAUAAGUUUACACUCUUAUCAUUAUGAUAUUUUUUGUACUGUAGAUGCAUCGACUUUUAUUUACGACCUAGGAGGAAUAUAUAUUUUCAUGAAUGACCAACCAAGUGAAUCGGAUCAAGCUUUAAGUUUAAUAACAUUUUGAUAGGAAUUAUGUAAGCCGAAAGGGCAUGUGUCUUUUGAAGUGGCAUUGCUCUUAUGUUUACUCUGAAAACAAUUAUUAAGUGCAAUCACUAGUAAACUUUGUUUGUUGAUGAUAUUAGAUAUCAAUUGCUGUUAUACAUGUACUACAUGUUUUUUUUAAAUGCAAAGUGCAUUGGUAUAACUUUGGCUGAAGUAUGUACAUUGCAUUUAUGAAUACAUGUAGUUUGCUCAGGUGAAAGGAUUAUAGCAUUUAAAUGUUUUAUUGCAAGGUUUGAACACAAUCCAGGGGCAAUGUAUUAUGGGUGAUUAGACCCAGUAAACCUUAAUGUGGAUAUUUAGAAACUACUGCUUGUAUAACUCUUUUCUAUUAUUUUGGUUAUUUUUAUUCAUCUAUCAGUUAAAAUUUAAAAAAAAAUUCUUAAGAUGGUGGUACCAUGACAAGGUCAUUUGCCACUGUGUCAAACGAAAAGAAAGGAGAGCAGUAUGUUUUAAGAUUUCAUUUUUUAAAUCUUUAUUUAAAAUCAUGUAUUCAGAGAUGAUUACCAGCAGUAUGAUUCAAUCAUAAUAAAAGGCCAAUUAGAUUGGCCUUUUAUCUUUAUGUACCAAUGUAUUCUUAUCAAUAUUCCGUAUGUCAUAUCUCGGCAUAUCCUUGGAGUAUGUUAUGAAGUUUGACAUGCAUCAAACUACAAUUAAACAUGACUUGUGUGGUACAAUUGAUUUCUGAUUGACAAUUUUACAUCUGAAUGUUCACAGCCUUGGACAUUCAUCUUGUUUCCAGCAUAAUACUGUAAACAUUUUAAAAAUAUUUUUGUAAUGCAGGUGUGCUUUAGCCCAACACCAUUGUGAUACUAACAUGUACAUCUUCCUCCUUUUCUUGAAAGUUCUCCAUGAUCAUGAAUUAUGUGAAAAUGUUAUUCUAGAUUCAACUUUCAUGCGUCUCUUUGUACCUUUUCAAUCAUGAAUACACUGUACACAUGGUUUGUGGAACUGCUCCGUGCUCUGAGUGGCUGAAGGGAGUUUAAAAUCCUCAAGGAUGAUGUGUCUUUGAUGUGCUAAGUUGUGUGUCUACAUGAGGUUGAUAUGCAGCGAGUAAUGAUGCGAUGUAUUUGAAAUAAAACCCCAUGAUUUGGGCCUAUGAUGUAUUUGCUUAUUGUACCAGGAA